AUGGGUGUGGCGGAAGAGGGGGGUGCGUAUGUUCCCGUGGGGAAGGAAGCGGGGGUUGCGGAAAAUGGGGAUGGGGGGGUUGCGGAGAACGAGGACGCGGGGAUUGCGGGGAACGCGGAGGCGGGGGUUGCGGAGAACGAGGAUGAGGAUGUGGACAAGAAUGGUGGAAGGCAGAGCGAAGAGCGCGGGAAUCCGGAAAAGAAGUUGGGGGGAGACGAAGUGGAAUUACAGAGGGAACCUCCCGCUGUUGAAUCGGGGAAGACCUCGUUUACCCCCUUGAAUGGGUUCCUGCAAGGCCUGAGGGAGUGGCGGCGCAAGCAGGGGCAGAGGGGAGAGGAGGCAACUGGAAGGCGGUUGAGGGGUGUAUCUGCAGGGGAGGGUGUAUCUCAAGGGGAUGGUGUAUCUGCGGGGGAGGGUGUAUCUGCGGGGGAGGAUGUAUCUGCGGGGGAGGGUGUAUCUGCGGGGGAGAGUGUAUCUGCGGGGGAGAGUGUGCCAGCUGCAGCUCUUUUUGCCCGUGUGGUUCAAGCAGACACAAGGACUAGGGUCAUAGCGCAGGACAGCAGCACCACGCUCAUCAUAAGAGACGGGCACUAUGGCUUUGAACCAUGCCGGGGCGAGCUCUCUCACUGGCCCAACCUGAGGCUUGACUACAUCACAUCAGAUGAAACCGCCAUUCUCUUUCGCCCGGAGCUGAGGGGCCUGGCAGCCAACAUGUCUCAAUCCAUGAAUGGGGGGGACUAUGACGCCGUGAGGGUGAGGAGGGGAGACAAGCUCAACACCGACGUGUGGCCACACGUGGCAAACGACACGAGCCCUCCCGC